CAUAUUUCCCCUUUGUGAGUCACUCUGCAUAUUCCGGAGCGAUAUCGACAACAUCACGGAAAAAUGUCAGAUUCGAAUUGCGUCAUUUGGAUAUGAAUUCACCGAUAAAAACGGGAAAGACACCCCCUUGGAACCUGAAACCUGCAAGAGACGGUUCAGAGCAGCGAAGAGAAAAGGAAUCGGAAAGGAAACCUCAGGAUGCAGCGAUCCCUUGUGCUUUUGCUCCUGUUGAGCCUCGGAGAGAGUUGGGCUGUGAAACAGGUUGCUCACAUCUUCGAUCGGAUGAACCAGGACCCCAAUGGAGACAUGAGUGUAAGGACUGAGUAUUGCCCCGACUUCAAGAAUUGCGACCCCGAUAUCAAUGACAACGCGAUCUCCAGCACUCUCGCCACCGGCGUUUGGAUAUUCUACUCCGGUCAUCAUUACAACUACGAUAACCUGGGAGACGUCGAAUGGGUGUUCGGAGACGAAGCACGGCUGAACUUCGGGAUCGUCGGCGACAAGGUCUCUUCCCUCAGGUAUGCUGGAGACUCGGACGACUGGAAAAGGAACACGAUCACGCUUUACGAAUUUGAACAUUUCUCCGGGUUGGAAUACUACGAGACGAAAGACGUGCCCGAAGUGUACGUCAUGAAGACCGUGAAGUCCGUCAUCAUCACCGGUCGAGCGGAAUGGACCGUCUACCCAUCCGCGAACUUCCGUGGGAAUGGAGUUUGCUUCGGAGCCCAGACUGGAAAGUACGCCGCCUUCGCUCCGGACCUCGAUACCUAUCCAAUCAAUACGAUUAAGUCCUUCCGAAUGGGGUGUUACGCCAAAAACAAGAUUCAGCUCGACUCUAGUGAACACGGCGUCUUCGUCAAGACCAAGGGAUGAACUGGCUAUUCGCUCGUCUUCCUCAGAAAUAAAAUGAUUGAGCCUCACUCGUUCGCCUCGAUUUGUUAGAAACUCUGGGUGUGAAUGCACUGCAUUUUUUUCAUGUCGGCUGUCGCUGAAUGACCAGUUUGAAUCGAAAUACUGAGGUGUCAUAUAUAAC